UCAGCUCAGCUCAGCGCAGCUCGGCAGCCGCCAAACAGAGGCAGGCACCGUCUCUCAGCCGCCAGCGCCUCUACUGAGCUCCAGCUUCCUGCGCGGGCUCCGCCGGGUCUCGCUUCCGCGGGGACCCCUUCGGGCAGGAGUCAGGUGGCGAGGGCCGGUGGCAGCGGCACAAAGUUGGGGGCCUGUGAGAAUGAGGUUGUCCCCGGCGCCCCUGAGGCUGAGCCGGCGUCCAGCGCUGCUGGCCCUGGCGCUGCCCCUGGCCGUGGCGCUGGCCUUCUCCGACGAGACCCUGGACAAAGUGCCCAAGUCAGAGGGCUACUGCAGCCGCAUCCUGCGUGCUCAGGGCACGAGGCGCGAGGGCUACACCGAGUUCAGCCUCCGCGUGGAGAGCGACCCCGACUUCUACAAGCCCGGAACCAGCUACCGCGUGACGCUUUCGGCUGCUACUCCCUCCUACUUCAGAGGAUUCACAUUAAUUGCUCUCAAAGAGAACAGAGAGGGUGAUAAGGAGGAAGACCAUGCUGGAACCUUCCAGAUCAUAGAUGAAGAAGAAACACAGUUUAUGAGUAACUGCCCUGUUGCGGUCACUGAAAGCACCCCACGGAGGAGGACACGGAUCCAAGUCUUCUGGAUAGCGCCACCAGCAGGGACAGGCUGUGUCAUUCUAAAGGCCAGCAUUGUACAGAAACGCAUCAUUUAUUUUCAAGAUGAGGGCUCUCUGACCAAGAAACUUUGUGAACAAGAUUCCAUAUUUGAUGGGGUGACUGACAAACCAAUCUUAGAUUGCUGCGCCUGUGGAACUGCCAAGUACAGACUCACAUUUUAUGGGAACUGGUCUGAGAAGACGCACCCAAAGGAUUACCCUCGUCGGGCCAAUCACUGGUCUGCGAUCAUUGGCGGAUCCCACUCCAAGAAUUACGUGCUCUGGGAAUACGGAGGAUAUGCCAGCGAAGGUGUCAAACAAGUUGCAGAGCUGGGCUCACCAGUGAAAAUGGAGGAAGAAAUUCGACAACAGAGUGAUGAGGUCCUCACGGUCAUCAAAGCCAAAGCUCAGUGGCCAGCCUGGCAGCCUCUCAAUGUGAGAGCAGCACCCUCGGCUGAAUUUUCCGUGGACAGGACGCGCCAUUUAAUGUCCUUCCUGACUAUGAUGGGCCCCAGCCCCGACUGGAACGUGGGCCUGUCUGCGGAGGACCUGUGCACCAAGGAAUGUGGCUGGGUACAGAAGGUGGUGCAAGACCUGAUUCCCUGGGAUGCUGGCACUGACAGUGGGGUGACCUACGAGUCACCCAACAAGCCCACAAUUCCCCAGGAGAAAAUCCGGCCCCUGACCAGUCUGGACCAUCCGCAGAGUCCUUUUUACGAUCCAGAGGGCGGGUCCAUCACUCAAGUAGCCAGAGUUGUCAUCGAGAGAAUCGCCCGGAAGGGGGAACAAUGCAAUAUUGUACCUGACAACGUGGAUGAUAUUGUAGCAGACCUGGCUCCAGAAGAGAAAGAUGAAGAUGACACCCCUGAAACCUGCAUCUACUCCAACUGGUCCCCGUGGUCCGCCUGCAGCUCCUCCACCUGCGACAAAGGCAAGAGGAUGCGGCAGCGCAUGCUGAAGGCACAGCUGGACCUCAGUGUCCCCUGCCCUGACACCCAGGACUUCCAACCCUGCAUGGGCCCAGGCUGCAGUGAUGAAGAGGGCUCCACAUGCACCAUGUCCGAGUGGAUCACCUGGUCGCCCUGCAGCAUCUCCUGCGGCACAGGCAUGCGGUCCCGAGAAAGGUACGUGAAGCAGUUCCCGGAGGACGGUUCCGUGUGCACGCUGCCCACCGAGGAGACGGAGAAGUGCACGGUCAACGAGGAGUGCUCUCCCAACAGCUGCCUGAUGACGGAGUGGGGCGAGUGGGACGAGUGCAGCGCCACCUGCGGGAUGGGCAUGAAGAAGCGGCACCGCAUGGUCAAGAUGAGCCCGGUCGAUGGCUCCAUGUGCAAGUCCGAGACAUCUCAGACAGAGAAGUGCAUGAUGCCCGAGUGCCACACCAUCCCAUGCUUGCUGUCUCCGUGGUCUGAGUGGAGUGACUGCAGCGUGACCUGUGGGAAGGGCAUGCGGACCCGCCAACGGAUGCUCAAGUCUCUGGCUGAACUCGGGGACUGCAACGAGGAGCUGGAGCAGGUGGAAAAGUGCAUGCUGCCUGAAUGCCCCAUUGACUGUGAGCUCACCGAGUGGUCCCAGUGGUCAGAAUGUAACAAGUCAUGCGGGAAAGGCCACAUGAUUCGAACCCGGGUGAUCCAAAUGGAGCCUCAGUUUGGAGGUGCACCCUGUCCAGAGACUGUGCAGCGAAAAAAGUGCCGCAUCCGGAAAUGCUUCCGAAAUUCAUCCAUCCAGAAGCUGCGAUGGAGAGAGGACCGAGAGAGCCGGAGGAGUGAGCAGCUGAGAGAAGAGCCUGAUGGGGAGCAGUUCCCAGGCUGUCGAAUGCGCCCGUGGACAGCCUGGUCGGAAUGCACCAACCUGUGCGGAGGCGGGAUUCAGGAACGCUACAUGACUGUAAAGAAGAGGUUCAAAAGCUCCCAGUUUACCAGCUGCAAAGACAAGAAGGAGAUCAGAGCAUGCAAUGUCCACCCUUGUUAGCAAGGGUCCACGUUUUCCAGGGCUGCACUCUAGAUUCCAGAGUCACCAAUGGCUGGAUCGUUUGUUUGCUUGUUUGUUUAAGGCAAUUUAAAUCGUGUACACUAGUUUUCAUUUCUGCGGUGUGUUCUGCCCAGUAGUCUGUGGAUGCCGGGUACAUCCUUUCUGUAUACCUGUCGGUGGGCACAGGCUGAGCAGGGCUCCCUCAUCCACAGCCGGCCCUCCUCCAGCAGACAUGAGUCGUGUCAGCUACCCUGUACCAAACGGAAAUGUGUUCUUCUGGGGCAUCCACCUGGGCAGAACCGAGACCCUGGCCUCCUCCACAGGGAGAGGCAACUGUAUCUGGAAAUGACUGUGCCUCCAUCCCAAGGCGCAGCAGGAAAAAUCCCCCAUCAGACAGAGAGCAGAUUCCCUCCUUCUCAUCUUUGGCCUGCUCUCUCUUGCAGGAAGCUAUUGGUUGCCCAUCUCUUUUCACUUAGUGGAGCUUUAGGUCCCUUUGCUGAGCCUCCUCAGUCAUCAAUAGUUCUUGGGGGAAAAUAGCUGGUAGACCUGAAGAGGAGCAUUGAUAUUGGGUGGCUUUUUUCUUUCACUGAGAAGUUCUGAAUACAUUUAUCUCACCUCCUAAUAUUGGUUCCUGAUACCCCAAAGGAAAUGAUGGCUGCUAUUUGAAUGUAAGGUUGCCAGUUCUUACACUUGACCCAAAGGGUAACUAAAUCUAGAAAAGAUUUUUCCCUUGUUUUUUUGUUUGCUACAAUGCUCCUGAGAAGUCAGCCUCAUGAACCUUCUAGAUCCUUACUAGAACCAAGGCCAAGCAGCAAAACUGGCCUCGCCAGCAG